UCAGAUAUGCGGUUUGUAUGUGCAGGGAAAAAAGAAGGGGGGUUGAAGUGGGCGGAGAGAGCGGGUGGUAUAUAUCAACGUUUUAUCACACCACUUUUAACAUUCGGCAAAAACUUAUUGACACGAUACACGCCUGCCUCCAUUACCUCCGAUGCUUUGAUUUGUGCUACGGCUUGGAUACGAAGACUUGACGGGCCUCAGUGGUGACAGGCACGGUCAUGGAUCCCAUUGUGGAAGUAGUAGCUCUGAUCCUGGGCUUCAUCGGCUGGGUGAUGGUGGGGGUCGCCUUACCCAACCGCUACUGGAAGACGUCCACUGUGGAUGGGAACGUCAUCACCACGUCUACCAUCUAUGAAAACCUGUGGAUGUCCUGUGCCACCGACUCCACGGGCGUUCACAACUGUCGUGAAUUUCCAUCUCUGCUGGCUUUGAAUGGUUACAUCCAGGCGUCGCGGGCCUUGAUGAUUGCAUCCGUGGCAAUGGGCACCUUCGGACUGGUGGCGGCCCUCAUCGGCUUACAGUGCUCCAAAGCUGGGGGAGACAACUACGUCUUGAAGGGAAGGAUAGCUGGCACCGCCGGAGUCCUAUUUAUCCUUCAAGGUCAGGUGACACUAGAGAGUGUUAAGAAGUUGCUUUGCAGGAAUAACAAGCAUCAAGAUUAUGACGUGAUAAAAAGGGUUAUGGAUUAUAAAAUUUGUAUUUUAUUGCAUAUACAAAUCAAUGUUUGGCUUCCAGCGAGACUUUGGACUUGUAAGUCAGUGGCUGCCACUGCUUCCUUAAUCAUUAAAGGAGACGUUUGCUCCACAAUAGGCUUGUGUACAAUGGUCGCCGUGUCUUGGUACGCCUUCAAUAUCACCCAGGAAUUCUUUGACCCUUUCUACCCCGGCACCAGGUACGAAAUAGGUGAGGGGCUUUACAUUGGCUGGUGCUCGGCCGUGCUCGCCAUCGCUGGAGGGGCGUGUCUGACUUGCUCCUGCAGGACAGCCACGGAGGAAAAGUACCCUUUCCCCCAAACAAGAGGAACCGCAUACUCUGGACCGGCCCGGACCAGAAGUGUGAUUGCCAGCACUUACGGUCGAAAUGCGUAUGUUUGAACAGAAGCAUUGGCAUCUCAUCUUUUUAUUUUUAUACUCAUAAAAACAUUUUUGUAGAUAUGCAAUAAUGUGUAAAAUAAUAUUUUUCAUUUUGUACAUUCCUCAAAUUGUUAUUUAUAUUCACAUGUCAAGUAUUCACAAACAAUCUUUGAUUUCAAUGUGUGUGUGUGU